GUAGUUGGUGUAGUUAGUGUAGUUGCUGUAGUUGGUGUAGUAGUUGUAGUUAAUGUAGUUAGUGUAGUAGCUGUAGUUGGUGUGGUAGCUGUAGUUGCUGUAGUUGGUGUAGUUGGUGUAGUUAAUGUAGUUGCUGUAGUUGGUGUAGUAGCUGUAGUUGGUGUAGUUAGUGUAGUUGCUGUAGUUGGUGUAGUUGGUGUAGUAGCUGUAGUAGGUGUAGUUGGUGUAGUUGCUGUAGUUGGUGUAGUUGGUGUAGUUGGCGUAGUUAGUGUAGUAGCUGUAGUUGGUGUAGUUGAGCUGUAGUUGGUGUAGCUAGUGUAGCUAGUGUAGUUGGUGUAGUUAGUGUAGUUCGUGUAGUUUGUGUAGUUACUGUAGUUGCUGUAGUUACUGUAGUAGCUGUAGUUGGUGUAGUUAGUGUAGUUGGUGUAGUUGGUGUAGUUGGUGUAGUAGCUGUAGUAGGUGUAGUUGGUGUAGUAGGUGUAGCUGGUGUAGUUGCUGUAGUUAGUGUAGUUGGUGUAGUUAGUGUAGUGGGUGUAGUUAGUGUAGUAGCUGUAGUUGGUGUAGUUGCUGUAGUUGGUGUAGUAGCUGUA